AUGCAUGCACACAUUACUGAAUUUACCAAACUCAGCCAAAAUCAAAACCCAUCAUCUGCAUCUGUGCUUCAUUCUAAUUUGUAUUUGUAUCAAAUGUUCACAGCACUGAUAACUCUCAGGAUACAAGGAUCAAAUGGUACUGGUCGUGUUGAAGUAUUAUACAAUGGGCAAUGGGGAACAAUCUGUGACGACAAUUGGGAUAUAAAUGAUGCCAGGGUUGCAUGUCGUCAACUUGGUUAUACAGAUGCUGUUAAAGCACUUGAAGGAGGCAAUGUUCCUGAUGGUACUGGAAGGAUAUGGUUAGAUGAAGUCGGUUGCAGUGGGAGUGAACAAGGUUUGGCCGACUGUUACCAUAGUGGAUGGGGAACUCAUGAUUGUGGUCAUCAUGAGGACGCUGGAGUUGAAUGUUUAACAGGUAUAAUUAAAUGUGGGACAGCUAAUUUAAACAAUUAAUGGGAAAUUACCAGCCUGCACGCACUGUUUGCCUGCUUUGCGCGCAUUGUUUUCCUGCAAAUUGGACCUUUCAAAACCGGAAAUCGGACUGGAGCACGCGUUCGUUAUUGGCAAACGAAGCACAGCGAAUGGGUGAAAUGGCCGCACGGUGCAAAUUCGCACGGUGCCCGGUUUGAAAAAACAACUGCAAUUUGCUCUAAUACUUUCUGUCACUUCCAUUUGAUCUUAUAUUAUCCGUGAAUUGGCCUCAUGCAACGGUCUUUGAUUAAUGAUUUACAUUAUUUAAACUUUUACAAAUGUAUUGUUGCUGCCGCAGCGAGGUCGCCUGAAGCGACCGAGCAAGGCAGCAGCCUAAACUUUGAAAUAGGGGUUGAAAUCUGACAAGUCAUGCAAGCUGUUUGUUUCUCUACCAUACUUACGCCACAGCACUUAUCAAUUUCCAAACAUGUUUUCAAAUGAAACUAAUAAAAUAAAUCCAUUGACUUGCCAUGAUGGCAAACUUAAAUGGCUUGGAGGUUUUAAAUUACUAGAACGAUUUGUCGAAGAUAUAUUAAAUAUUAAGGGAAAGUGGAAAGUCCCUCGCGGAGGUUGUAAAGAGUUAAAUACAACCGAUAUCACUGUACGGUGGUAUGAGAAUGAAAGAUUGCUGUUGGAAGGUCCUAUGGUGAAAGAAUAUAUUAAAGGGAUUUUGCAAAAGAUAGCGACGAUAUAACCCAAUAGUGAAUAUAGUUUGGGCGUAAACAAUCUUGGCGGCUUUACGCCUCCGCAAAAGCCUUCGAUUAAGAAUUUUAAUGAGUAUUUUAUAAACACGAACUUGACGAAUGUAGAAUUGGUAGAAUUGGAUGGCUGUCAGGGUGAUUCCACAAUCAGCUUAUUUGAGAAUGAUGUGACAAAUUUAACUGAGGAAUGCCGAGGAGAUGAUCCGCCGUCGCUAGAGAGUGAGCUGCUCAGUUCAAGAUGUUACAAAUCACUUGGAUGCACUAUCAGAGUGUAG